AUGUCUUGUAUAAUUCCAAUUGUUUGUGGUAGCUCAUUGAUGUUUGCUAAGGUCGUCACUAGAGAAACAAAAGAACAGUUACGUACAUAUUCAAAAGCUGGACAAAUCGCUCAAGAAGUGUUUAGUUCAUUAAGGACUGUUCUUUCAUUCAAUGGAAGCCAAUCGCAACAAAAAAAAUAUGAAAAAGAAUUAAAAUUAAAUGAAUGGCAUACCGUUCGCAAAGAUGCUGCAUUUGGUGUUUUUACUGGUUGGUUAUUUUUUAUAAACUUUGCAGUUUAUUCAAUUGGUUUUACUUUUGGUGCCAUUCUUAUGUCUUAUGGAAAUCAUCCUACAGUAACCAUUAGUGAAAUUCUUGUUGUUGUAAGUAUGUUUGCACAAGGUAUAAAUCUGUUUAAUCAAAUCGGACCUUUCUUCCAAUCAAUUUCCGAAGCUCAAGGUGCAGCGGUAUCUGUAUUUCGACUUAUUGAUGAGGCACAUGAUGAAAAUCUGAAUGAAAGAGAAAUAUUGGAAGAAAACAUAUCUGAUGAAAGAUCUAUUCCAAAUAUCAAUGGUGAUAUUGAAUUUGACAAUGUUAGUUUUUCUUAUCCAUCUAGAGAAAAUGUAACAACUUUGAAUAAUCUUAAAUUGAUUGCUCGUGCUAAUCAAACAACUGCUCUUGUAGGUUCAAGUGGUUGUGGAAAAAGUACAUGUGUAUCACUUCUUCUUCGCUAUUAUGAACCUUCUUCAGGCAGAAUUAUGAUUGAUGGUCAAUCAAUUACAAAUCAUAAAAUCAAACAAUUUCGUCAAAAUAUUGGAGUUGUCAGUCAAGAACCUAUUCUAUUUGGAUUAAGUAUUUAUGAAAAUAUUCGUUUUGGUAAAUUGAAUGCAACACGUGCAGAGAUUGAACAUGCUGCAGAACAAGCCAAUGCACAUAAAUUCAUUAUGAAAUUACCAAAUAAAUAUGAAACACUUGUUGGUGAACGUGGUAUACAAUUGAGUGGUGGUGAAAAACAACGUAUUGCAUUGGCUCGUGCACUUGUCAAGCAACCCAGCAUUCUUUUGUUAGAUGAAGCAACAAGUGCACUUGAUAAUGUUAGUGAAAGAAUUGUUCAAGAAGCACUGGAUCGAGCAUGCAAAAGUAAGAAUUAUUUAAUUAUUAUUGAUCAUAUUAUUAUUAAUAUAUAUAUACAGAUCGUACAACUAUAG